AUGCAAGCACAGACGAUUUUCACGAUUUUCACGAUUCAAAUUCACAAGUCUCAUCGGAAAGUAAAAAAAAAAAACCGACAAUCUCGCUACCGUCACCGUGACAAGAUUCACGGAACGAUAUCGAAAUUGUUGCGCGUCGUAAAAAAAUUGCGUGACGCUUUGAAUCAGUGA